AUGAACUUUCUUUCAGGUUGGACAAACACCACAAAAAUUCACUAUUGUAACUGGACUGGAAUCAGUUGCACAAGAACACUUCCAUUUUCUGUGUCUAGUAUUAACCUUCAAAACUUGAAUCUUUCUGGUGAAAUCUCAGACUCUGUAUGUAAACUUUCCAAGCUGAAUAACCUUAAUCUCGCUGAUAACCUAUUCAACCAGCCUAUUCCACUCCAUCUGUCUCAAUGUGGUUCUUUGGAGAGUUUGAAUAUUAGUAAUAAUCUGAUUUGGGGUACAAUUCCUGGUCAGAUUUCUCAGAUUGGGUCAUUGAGAGUUCUUGAUUUUAGCAGAAAUCAUAUUGAAGGGAAGAUCCCAGAGAGCAUUGGUUCAUUGAAGCAGCUUCAGUUUCUCAUAUUGGGUAGUAAUUUGCUCUCAGGUAGUGUUCCACUUGCUCUUGGAAAUUUUACUGAACUUCUAGUUCUUGAUUUAUCUGAAAAUCCCUUCUUGGAUAGUGAAAUUCCUGGUGAUAUUGCUAAACUCAAUAAGCUCGAACAGUUGUUGUUACAGGGCUCUGGAUUUUAUGGUGAAAUGCCAGAUUUCUUUGUGGGUUUGAAACGUUUAAUGAUUUUGGACCUUUCUCAGAACAAUCUCAUUGGUGAAAUACCUAAGAUUGAGUUGUUUCUCCCUAAUUUGGUUUCUUUUGAUGUUUCAAGAAAUAAGCUUUCUGGGUCAUUUCCAAAUGGAGUUUGUGAAGCUAAAGGUUUAAUAAAUCUUAGUCUACAUUCAAAUUUUUUGAAUGGUUCAAUACCUAAUGAAUCCAUUAAUAACUGCAUAACUCUUGAGAGGUUUCAAGUUCAGAACAAUGGGUUCAGUGGGAAUUUUCCUUCUUCGCUAUGGUCAUUGCCUAAAGUCAAGCUCAUUAGAGCUGAAAAUAACAGAUUUACUGGCGAAAUACCUGAUUCGUUAUCUGGGGAUGCUCAAAUGGAGCAAGUUCAGAUUGAUAAUAAUAGCUUCAUUGGUAAAAUUCCUCAGGGACUUGGAAAGAUUAGAAGCUUGUAUAGAUUCUCUGCAUCCUUGAAUGGUUUUUAUGGUGAGCUUCCUCCAAAUUUAUGUGAUUCACCUGUAAUGAGUAUAAUAAAUCUCUCCAAAAAUUACCUUUCAGGUAGGAUCCCAGAACUGAUAAAAUGUCGAAAACUGGUAUCAUUGUCUCUGGCAGAUAACAGUUUUGUUGGUGAGAUACCGGAAUCUCUUGCUAAACUUCCAGUAUUAACUUACCUUGAUCUUUCUUGUAACAAUCUCACCGGUUCAAUUCCAGAAGAGCUUCAAAACUUGAAACUUGCUCUCUUCAAUGUUUCUUUCAAUCAGCUCGUGGGUCGAGUUCCAUUAUCGUUGAUAUCUGGCCUCCCCGCUUCAUUCUUGCAAGGGAAUCCCGGCUUAUGUGGCCCCGGCUUGACUAAUUCUUGUUCUGGUAACAAGCCAACGAGCAAAACAUCCCGUCUUACUAAAGUAACAAGUGCCUUAGUUUCUAUAGCUUUAUUUUUCGCGCUAGUGAUUGUUGCUUUUGGAUUUUACCUUGUGCGUUGCUCUCACAAUCGAAAAUCUCAACUGGGUAGUUGGAGAUUGGUAUUCUUUUAUCCUCUUCGAGUGACUGAGCAUGAUUUGAUUAUGGCAAUGGAUGAAAAGAAUGCUAGGGGAGGUGGUGGAGUGUUUGGAAGUGUUUAUAUUGUGAAUUUACCAAGUGGUGAACUUGUUGCCGUGAAGAAGAUAAUGAACUUUCGCAGCCAGUCUUCGAAAUCUUUGAAAACUGAGAUAAAAUCUAUAGCAAAGAUCAGGCAUAAGAAUGUUAUUAAAAUUCUUGGCUUCUGUCAUUCAGAUGAUUCCAUGUUUUUGAUAUACGAAUAUUUACCAAAUGGAAGCCUUGGGGAUCUUAUCGACAAAACAGGCUUCGAUUUUCCAUGGACAGUUAGAUUAAAGAUUGCCAUUGGUAUUGCUCAAGCACUGGCCUAUCUUCACAAGGAUUAUCUUCCACAUUUACUUCACAGAAAUGUGAAGUCGACAAAUAUUCUUUUAGAUGCUGAUCUUCAACCAAAGCUCACUGAUAUUGCUUUUGACCGAAUUGUUGGAGAAAAUGUAUUUCAGUCAACCAUGGCAUCAGAAUGUGCAUUUUCUUGUUACUUAGCACCAGAAUAUGGUUACACUAAAAAAGCCACAGAAAAAAACGACACGUAUGGAUUUGGCGUCGUUUUGUUAGAGCUCAUAACAGGCCGGAAAGCAGAACGAAAAGAAGAAGAAUCAGGGGAAUCUCUUGACAUUGUGCAGUGGGUAAGACGAAAGAUUAACAUCACUGAUGGGGCCUUGAAAGUUCUUGACCCAAAGAUUUCUAGUUCCUCCCAACAAGAAAUGCUGGGAGUUCUCGAGAUUGCUCUACGUUGUACGGCUGUGAUACCAGAAAAACGACCAUCAAUGUCAGAGGUUGUAAAAGCGCUCGAGACCAUCAACUCAAGAGCCAGUUCAUCUAAUCCACCGUUUUAA